GCUGCUGGUCCCGGACCGGCCAGGAAAGACAUCCAUCUGGUGUGUGUGUGUGUGUGUUUGUGUGUAUAUGUGUGUGUGAGUGUCUCCUUUUGGGAAGUGCCAUCCACGGAUUGUGUUGCAUUCUGUUCCUGUAAGAACAAAUAAGCGUAGAGCCGCGUGGAGCAGCAGCAGAGAGGAGAGCUACAGCCAUGUCUUCCAGCUCAGCGACGGUGCGCAUCCUGAUCAAGGGCGGCAAGGUGGUGAACGACGACUGCACCCAGGAGGCCGACGUCUACAUCGAGAACGGCGUCAUCCAGCAGGUGGGGAAGGAGCUGAUGAUCCCGGGCGGGGCCAAGGUGAUCGACGCCUCGGGGAAACUGGUCCUCCCCGGGGGCAUCGACACCAGCGUCCACCUGGAGGAGAGCUUCAUGAACGCCACCACGGCGGACGACUUCUACAGCGGCACCAAGGCGGCUCUCGCUGGAGGCACCACGAUGGUGAUGGCACACAUCCUGCCGGAGAGGAACGAGUCUCUGCUGGAAGCCUACGAGAAGUGCCGCGGCUCGGCGGACCCCAAGGCCUGCUGCGACUACUCGCUGCACGUGGGGGUCACGUGGUGGGGGCCCAAGGUGCGAGCCGAGAUGGAGAAGCUGGUGAGGGAGAACGGAGUGAAUUCCUUCCAGAUGUUCAUGGCCUACAAGGACACGUUCAUGCUGAGGGACGGCGAGCUCUUCCAGGCUCUGCAGCACUGCAAGGACAUCGGCGCCAUCGCCAGAGUCCACGCUGAAAACGGGGAGCUGGUGGCAGAGGGUGCAAAAGAAACUUUGGACCUGGGCAUCAGUGGCCCGGAGGGGAUUGAAAUCAGCAGGCCCGAAGAGUUGGAGGCAGAGGCGACCCACAGGGCCAUUACCAUCGCCAACAGGGCCCACUGCCCCAUCUACCUGGUCAGUGUGUCCAGCAUGUCUGCAGGAGACGUGGUUGCGACAGCCAAGAUGCAGGGUAAAGUGGUCCACGGGGAAACCACCACGGCCCACGCCGUGCUGAACGGCAUGCAGUACUACCACCAGGACUGGGCCCACGCCGCCGCCCACGUCACCGUGCCUCCCCUCCGCCUGGACCCCAACACUCCCAAUUACCUGAUGAGCCUGCUGGGAAAUGACACGCUGAACGCCGUGGGGUCCGACCACCGUCCGUUCACCAUCAAGCAGAGGGCCAUGGGCAAGGACGACUUCACGAAGAUCCCCCACGGGCUCCCCGGCAUUCAGGACCGCAUGAGCGUCAUCUGGGAGAAAGGAGUGAUCGGAGGGAAGAUGGACGAGAAUCGCUUCGUUGCCGUGACGAGCUCGAACGCGGCCAAGAUCUACAACCUCUACCCCAGGAAGGGGAGGAUCAUCCCGGGAGCAGAUGCUGACGUGGUGGUCUGGGACCCCGAGGGAUCCAAGACCAUUUCUGUGAACAACCAGGUCCAGGGAGGAGACGUGAACCUGUACGAAGGUCUCCGUUGUCAUGGCGUUCCCCUGGUCACCAUCAGCCGUGGCCGGCUGGUCUAUGAGAACGGCAUUUUCACGUGCGCUGAGGGCUCCGGGAAGUUCUGCCCCCUGAGGACCUUCCCAGACCACCUCUACAAGAAGAUGGUUCAGAGGGAAAAGUGCCAGGCUGUGAAGGCUGUGGAGCGCGAGCCCUACACGGGUGAGGUCGUAGCGGUGCUCAACUCCGGAAAGAGGGAUUUGGGGGUUUCAGACCUGGACACGCCGACGCGCCCCUGCACCCGGCACGGGGGGCUGAGGGACCUCCAAGGGUCCAGCUUCAGCCUGUCUGGUGCCCAGAUCGAUGACAACGUUCCAAAGAGAUCCUCGGCCAGGAUCCUCGCCCCCCCUGGAGGGAGAUCCAGCGGGAUCUGGUAACCAAUCAGAUUGUGGGGGGUGGGGUGGGGGGGGGGGGGGGGGGGUACGGCCUUCGUGACAACGCCCUGGAGAGGAAACCACAUGCCCCCCCUUUCUGGAAGCUUAAGAAAUACGUUUUGUGGAGUCAUGUUUUUAUUAUUUGGAACUCGGCACAGUUGCGUAGGAUUGUAAAACGUUAAACUGUAUAACAUUUGCUGUGAUAAUACGGGGCGUACGUAUCAAGGAAAACAAAAACUAUUGCUAAGUGGUUACAUGCUAACACAUCAAAUGUUCAUAAGCGGGCAAAUAAUGAAUUAUUUUGGCUUUCGGAUCUCGUUAGGGGGAAAAAAAAAAAAAAUCUGACUGAUCUUACUGUUUUUAGGAUUAUGAAGGUGAGUCGUGGUUUUUAUGACGCGAUUGUGUUACCUCACUGUAAAAAAAUAUACGAUUUUGCACUUGUAUCAUGUACUAUUUAGAUGCCUUUUUUUACUUGAUUUCAUGUCACAAAUAUGUCUUUUUAAUGCCGUGUGGUGAGUUAUUAGCAGGGUGUGGUGAGCAUGACAUUAAUAAUAAUACUCAAAAAAAUAUAUAUAGUUGAUCAACCGAUGGAGAAAAAUAUCAUAAUGCAAGCUAGCCUUUUUAUAUAAGUUUGUUAAUUUAUUAUUUAUAUUGCAUUGUGCGUGUGCUGUUUUCCCGUCGAUGCCACCGCGUUAGAAUCAUUUCCUAUAAGUGAGAAUGAGGUGGUUUCAUCGUUGUCAGAUUCAUGUUUACAGCCUUACCCCCCCCCCCCCCCUAACCCACCCACCCACCCAAUGUGAAUGAACCUAUAUGCUGCGUGCACCGUGUCACAUAGUUAGAACUACUGUAAUCGUGUUGCUCGGCAUGCAUUCCUUG